AUGGGCGAGAAAGGAGCAAAGGGCACAAAAGGUGAGGAGCAAAGGAUGUUGGGGUGCCUAGGCGCUAGUGGUAGGGAACUGAGGGCGCUGGAGUCAAGAGGCGAGGCAUGCAAGCUACGGGAGGCGUGGGCUCUAGCGCGAGGGUGCGAAGGCAUUGACAUUGAAUGUUGGGCGCUAGCUGCUAAUGUUGGGCGUCUGGCUGUGGCUGCUGGCGUUGAGCACCUAGCUAGGGUGACAGUAGAAGGUGUGGAGCCACAUGGGAGUGGGCUUGGUUUGGGUGGAGAAUUCGGCAAUAAUGGAGGACCCAUCAUUUCAAGGCUUUGUGGCAAUAAAAUGCAAUCGUUUUAUAAAGUGGAGAAAAAGGUGGGGAACAAUGGUGACCACUUGAAAGAUUUGUUUGAAUAA